AGACAGUGGUGGGCAGCGGCGCGGAGCCGGCCGGGUGCCCCUUCCCUGCUGGCGGGCAUCGGCCUGCCCUGAGCGCCCGGGACGCGUCUCGGAGGGGAGCCGGCAGCGGGUCCGCCGCCAUGGGGAUCGGAGACGGGCUGGGGCUGGGGCUGGCGGCGGUGCUGGCGGCCGCUGUGCUGUGCGGAACAGGGGGGCUCGCCGGACGCGUCCUCAGCGGUCAAAAGGUGUGCUACGGUGAACUGAAGCGUUCUUGUUACAAGUUAGCGUAUUUCCAGGACUUGUCUAGACGUGUGGGCUUUCAGGAGGCCCGCCAAGCUUGUGAAAUUGAUGGUGGGGCUUUACUGAGCCUGGAAAGUGAAGCUGAGCAGCAACUAAUAGAAAACAUGUUGCAAAACCUCACUAAAUCAGGCUCUGGGAUUUCGGAUGGUGAUUUCUGGAUCGGCUUGUGGAGAAGUGGUGAUGGACUAGCCACCUCAAGUGCCUGUCCUGACCUCUAUCAAUGGGCUGAUGGAAGUAUUUCAUCAUUCAGAAAUUGGUAUACAGAUGAGCCUUCCUGUGGAAGUGAAGCCUGUGUUGUGAUGUAUCAUCAGCCAACUGCAAACCCUGGUCUGGGAGGGCCAUACCUUUAUCAGUGGAAUGAUGAUAGAUGCAACAUGAAGCACAAUUUUAUCUGCAAGUAUGGCCCAGAUAACAUCUUUGAAAAAGAAUUAGGAGACAGAGCAGAGCCAGAUUAUGGUGUUUUUCCAACAGUCCCAGCAGGAAAUCCUUAUGACACAAGCAAACCAGAAGAUCAGUAUCAUGUUAUUGCUACUGAAACAGGUAUAAUUCCAAACCUAAUUUACGUCAUAAUACCUACUAUACCACUACUGUUGUUGAUACUGGUGGCUUUUGGGACUUGCUGUUUCCAGAUGCUUCAUAAAAGGGAAGCAAGGAGAAACUGCUUCAAAGACCCAUCUCCAUUAUCAUCUGAAUGCCUUGCAGAAAGUUUAAAUUCCAACCUGUAAAGGAAGAACAAAAACCAGUCCAAACCAGUCCACACUAUGGAUUUCAAAGACGCCUAGGAAGGACAGUAGCAUGGAGGUAUAACAGUUUACUGACUGAAAACAAAGCAAAAAUAACAUUUUGCAGUCAGGAUGUAUUAUAAUGUCAUCAAAGAACAUUAGCUUGGAAUGGCUUGAAAAUGCAAAGGAUCUACAAGAAUGAACUGUAAGCUCCCCCUUGAGGCAAAUGUUCAGAUCGUUUUUAUAUAGUGUUUGAUUAUUAAUUCAGUAACAAAAUAUGCCAUGCUAAAUAAAGGGUAUGUGUUUAUUUUGCUAAGAGAUGUAAGUUAGCUGGUUGUGAGCAAUGAAAUGAACAGAGCAUUUGAAGUUUUUAUGGGAAAAUAUCUACAAUGUAUAUCAGUUUUACAAUUGUUUGUAGUUAAACACACCCUCUUUGUUUCCUUUAGUCUCUCAUGCAUUGUAAUGUAGUUGAUGUACUGUAAAUGGAACUGACAAUUUUACAAUGUAACAAUUAUUUAUCUUUGCAUAAAUGUUUGAUAC